UGAGGGUCCCCUUGGCAACCUGACAACAGCAGCACCAAGGAGAGCGCGAGCCGGGGCUUGGGAAACAGCGCCAGCCACAUCAUCUGCACGCACCCACUGCUGCCGCCGGGCAGAAAGAGCGGCUGCCGCACUCCGCGGCCCAAAAGAGCGCCUCGGGACGGCCGGAACCUCUGGGCAUGCAUGGAAUACGCAUGUCAGGUAGAGCGCUUCUGGGCGUCUUAUAAGGCUAGACCUGCGAGCAGUGUCUUUUAUUCUACUGCAAAAACAGAGACAAGGGGCCCACUAAGAGAUCUUUCUAGACCUAAAAAAGCCUGGAGGGCACCAGAUAGAAAAUUGGUUUGGGGAAAUCAAGAUACUAUCAGACCUUUAUCUUUUAAUGCUUUGAAUGCGAAGCUCACUAAAAGAGUUGAACGACUUGCAGAACCCAAGAAGCUCUCCAAACUACAUAUACCCAACAGGCCUGAAUACCAUAAUAGCUGGGGUCGAGGAUCUAUAAUCUGGGAGCUUCCUACAAAGUCAUUUUUUAGUUAUCCAUCUCCCCGGAUUGAAAGUCUUGCAGAACCAAAGCAGUUACAGGAAGAAUAUCUACAAAAAAGGCCGUAUAGCUCCCCUGAAUGGCACGUGAAAGAUCCUUCAGUCACCCCUGAAGCUUCUGUCCGGAUAGUUCAACUCUCUGUGGCUAAAUCGACACAUCCAGACUUUGUUGCUCCCAAACAGGUUGAAACACAGAUUACACCUGCUGCUCUGCAUGCACAUCCCUCAUUAAGAGUGAUCUCUCUUUCAGAACCGAAGGUCAAAACAGAAACAUUAUAUUUUGAAAGAGGAAGAAAUGACUUGCCAAUUCGCCCUGUAUCCACUGCUGCCAUGACAGCUCAACCAAGUCCUCGUACACUGUUUCUAGCUAAAGCCAAAUCCGUGCAUAGCGAUUAUCUCCCAGUGCGUCCAGUUCAGCAGCCAGUGUCACGUGCUGCCCUAAAAUAUGUUCCAUCACCUAGGAUUGAAGUGCUAUCUACCCCCAGUGCAAGAACUCCUUUGACCGUGAAUGCCAUUAACCUGGAUGCGUUUAAAGUUAAGGAUGCUGCAAAAGUAGCAGUGUGUUCACCGAGAAUAGUGAAAUUGGCGGAGCCCAUUAAACGUUGACUGUGCAGAACAGAAUACUUCCAACACCAGUCAUGUGUCCUGAUAUCCUCUGAAGAUGUCUGGCUCUCCUUUUCUGCCAGAAAACAUCCAUGAGAUCUCUGGGAGAAUCACUGUAAUGAUUAAACAGCAAUUGUUUCUUCUGA